AGAAACCGUCUUCCCUUCCUUUCUCCACAGGGACAGGAGACCGAAAUAUAAUUAGGGGAAAACAAAAAAAAGGGUAAACAAGGCGCAACGGAAUCCUCGUAUCGAGAUCCGUCUCACCCUCGACUUCGAUCUAGGGUUAGGGUUUGGAUCGCUGUCUAGGGUUAGGGUUUCGGCAACGGCUAAUCUCUGGAUCUAACUGGAAGGUUAGGCUUUCUUUGAUACCUGAUCUUGAUUUGGUUUUGGAGGGGUUAAUCGAUGAACGAUCCGUCGCAGAUGAUGAACCGGAGUUUCGGGAUCUGGCAGCCGCCGCCGCCCCCUGUGGCGGUGGACGAGCCGAUGGGGUUCCAGAAACCCCGCCAUGUCUUCGCCGGCGCCGGCGCCGGGGGAGCCAAGCCUGGGAGGAUGAAUUGGAAGGGUAGAAAGGCCGCCGCCGCUGCCGCCCCUAACGGCGGUGGUGGCGCUGGCGGCGGCGGGUCGGGGUACAAGCCUCCAACGCUGAAGGAGCUCCAAUUCCAGAACCGCGUCAAGGCCCGGAGGUUCUACCCCAAGAAAAGGUUCGCCCGAUUCGCCCCAUUUGCUCCCCGGAACACGACGUCGUUCAUCAUUCGGGCUAAGAAGUCCGGCGGGAUCGCGUCGCUGGUGUCGCCGUGCCCGGUAACGCCGGCGAUCCUCCCGACGCCCAAGUUCUCGCCCACCCGUGAGGGCCUGGUGGACAUGGCCAAGGAGGAAUGGGGCGUCGACGGGUACGGUUCCAUGAAGGGCCUCAUCCGCCUCCGCUCGCCGAGCGGCUACGAGCUCCGGCCUGCCGGAGCCGGCGACGAGGAGGAGGACAUCGACGAGGGGUCGAGCGAGAGUGACGUGGAGGAGCACAUAGAGGUGGAGCGGCGGCUGGACCAUGACCUCAGCCGGUUCGAGAUGGUGUACCCCGGCGAGGAGCAGGGUGGGCCGGCGGCGUAUCUGCUUGAGAACCGGGUCGAUGACCAGGACACCCACAUAGCGCAGCUGGAGGAGGAGAAUCUGACGCUAAAGGAGAGGCUUUUCUUGGUGGAGAGGGAGAUGGCGGAUAUGAGUAGGAGGCUUCGGCUGCUCGAGACUCGGUGCCGCGACAACAAUGAGAACAUUGCGAAUGAGGAAGCGGCGUCCGCAUCGGAGAACAUUGCUAACGAGGAGGCGGCGUCGGAGAAUGAGGGAGGUGAGGAUGUUUGCUCGGAGAAGAGUGUUGGGGACUGCGAAGAGAGCGGCGGCGGUGAGGAAGCCGGCACUCCGAUAAGGGAGUGAGGGAGAGGGGAUUUGGAAGGGAAAGGCAGGACUGGUUCUUUGUUGUGUAAAUAUUAGCUUUCAUCUCAUGGUCAGAAACUAGAAAGUGGUAGCAUCCUUCAUUUGGAUCACAUGGAAAGUAUGUGAAAACGAAGUAUUAACAAUGGGCUGUAUCUUUUUUGAUUGUUUUUAUUUUAUUUUAUUUUAGUUUAUUUGGUGGUUUGGUUUUGUUCUCAUUCAGUGUUUGUGAUAAUCUCUGAGGAUGCCAAAUGGUGGUGAAAACUGUGAUAAUGUGGACUGAUAUUGGGAAAGGUAGUAUUGGAUCCUUCUAUAAAUUGGGAGUUCUCUUUUUGUUAA